UCUAGAAGUGCAUAUCUGCUUGCUAUAAAUCUUACACUUCCGUUUAAUUAAUGCCGCAGGCUUAUGCAGCAAUAGCAACUUUAUUCAACCAUAAGCUUAAAGCUGCAGAAAACUUACAGAGACAUGGCUACUGAUGAGACCGAAGUAUUACCAGAAUCAUAUCCCAUGAAUGGUGGUGAUGGGAAAGUCAGCUAUGCUCGCAACUCCUUCGCCCAGAGGACAUCAGUGGAUGCUUCCAAAAAAUUUAUAAGUGAAGCAAUAGCUGACCUUCUCGACACCGAAUUGAAUCCCAUUCUGGAUUCAUCUAUCAGAUUUCAGAUUGCAGACUUAGGCUGUGCGACUGGGCCUAACACAUUUUAUGCAGUGCAAAACAUCAUAGAAGCUAUAAACAGCAAGUACAGUAUGAACAAGCAUCAGAAAUCUCAAGCUCUUGAAUACCAAGUCUUCUUCAAUGAUCACACCAACAAUGAUUUCAACACUCUUUUCAGAUCCCUCCCUCUCCCGCGGCCAUACUUUCCUGUUGCGGUGCCUGGUUCCUUUUAUGGCCGCUUAUUUCCUAAAGAUUCUAUUCAUUUGAUGCACUCAUCUAAUUCACUGAAUUGGCUUUCUAGAGUUCCUAAAGAUGUUGGAGAUAUCAACUCUCCAGCAUGGAAUGGAGACAGUAUAUAUUGCACAGGAACUGCAAAGGAAGUAGUUGAAGCUUAUUCAAAUCAGUAUAAGAAGGACAUGAACAAUUUUUUGAAUGCUAGAGCUUUGGAACUUGUUGCUGGAGGGUUGUUGGUGUUGGUUGUUGGUGGUGUUCCUAAUUGCGUCUCUUUAAAUCAAACGGGCAUCGGCAAGGAUUAUGAAAUUAUUGGCUCUUGCCUAGUUGACAUGGCAAAUAAGGGAUUAAUUUCCAAAGAAAAAGUGAAGUCUUUUAAUUUGCCACUAUACUACCCCUCUCCUAAUGAGAUUGAGAAAUUGAUUGAAGACAAUGGUUGUUUCGGCAUUGAGAGGAUGGAGACAUUUCCUGGCAAGGGAAAGCACAUUCACAACAGCCAAAUGUGGCCAAUGAUUGUGAGAGCUGCCUUUGAGGCAAUUAUAAGUAAUCACUUCGGAAAUGAAAUGGUUGAAGAGCUUUUUGGGUACUACUCUAAAAAUCAUAUGGAUAAAGUUUCUAUCUUUAAUGGCGAUGAUGUUAUAAGUCUUCUACACUUGAAUAUUGUUCUUAAGCGCAAAAAUUAGUAAAAGGAGUUAUAUUAUGACUCUUAUCUACAAUUUGGUGAAAAUUCCUUGGGCUUCAUUGGAAAUAAGCGGGCCAUUGUCCUCAAGUCCUAGCAAUUAACAACACUUUUUAUCAACUCCAGAUUUAGUAAGAAAGUUAGCCAUCCCAUCUAUGUUUUAUGGCGUGGUGGCAACACCAUUUGCAUCCUCGUUUCCUAAUUGAAUGUACAAGUUGUGUGAAGUUUAUAUCUUGUGGUGGAUGUUUCUGUUUUAGACUUAUGGGGCUCUUAUUGGGUGGAUUCUUUGUGGAGCUCAUAU